AUGGACAAGAGGGAUAAGGCCAAGGUAGGGCCCGCCUCGAGGACACCAGCUUCUCGUCCCCCUGGCCUUCCCACCCCUAGGCCUCCGGGGUCCCCUCGGCCCCCUCCCCCAGUAACCGCCGCAGCCCUUCGGGUUCUGGGAGCAGCGGGAGUCAUGGGGCGAAAGCCCCUGGCAGAGCGAUCUGGAGGCGUCGGUGGAGCCCCUGUUCCGGAGGCUGCUGCCCGCGUGGGACCAACUCGAAGCACUGUGGCAGGUCCUCGAAGUCCAGCUUCCAGACCCUCAGCUGCUGGGAGAGGAGAGAGGACCCCUGCCAAGACACCCAGCCAGGGUUCUUCUGUCUCUACCCCAGGACGAGCUAGCGGGACCACCAGACCAGGCCCUGUUGCUCAGAAAGGACCCCGUCCCUCAGCUGAGGAACCUGUGGCCAGAGGAAAAGCCCCAGAGACACCCAAAAGGGCUGCUCUGAACUCCGGGACACGAAAAGACUCUUCAGGGCCCACUUCAGGGGCCCCCUCACCGGCCAUGGGCCGUCGCUCCCGGACAGCGGUGGCAGAAGCGGGACUCCCUCGACCAGCUGCGAAUGCCCGGCCACGACCCUUGACCGAGACGCCCAAGAAAUCAGUGACUACUGGAGACCAAAAUGCCCCAGAGCCUAGUCCAGCUGCCAGGAGGCGGCCCAGCGCUGGUGGUGGCCUCCAAAAGCCGGCCUCUCGUCCCUCGGGCUCCGGUGCUACCCCUCUGUCAUCCCCCGCUCGGUCUGGGGCCUCAUCCCGUGGACCAUCCCGGGCUCCUGCGCUGAUGUCACAGCCCAAGGCCAAAGGGCAGUCGGCUCUGCGCCCCCCUCAGACCACAGUCCCCAGGAAGAACGCAGUUUCAGUGCCAGGCCAGCUUUCAGCUUUGUCUUUGGCCAAGCCCUCUCCACCUAGCGCGGCCGCCCAGCAGACACCACCUCCCCGCCGCUCAAGGGCUCCUCCCCAGACUACCCUCCCUCCCUCUCCACCAACCACGCCCCCUCCGCCUGCAACCCUGCAUCCUCAAGACCCGCCCUCCCCUCAGGCCACGCCCCACUCACAGAACCAAGCCUGUCCAUUGGCCAUCACAUUUCCAGUAGCCCCUUCCACUCCGCUCUGCCUAGAGACCCUCCCCUCUCCACCGGCCACGCCUCCUUCGCAAGCCCCGCCCUUUCCGGAGGUAGAAAGAGUCUCUCCCCGGCCCACAACGACGGCAUUUUCUCCAUCAGGUUCAUCUCCUGCACAGAAUAUGCUUCCCAUCCAGGCUCCUCUGGGUUUGCCAUCACUUCCGACUUCCUUAUCCACAUCUCAGCCUGCUCCUUUACCUCUAGACGCCGCCUCUCUCUCUCCGCCAGUCUCUCCAAAGAAUCUGUCUUCUCCCCUUGUCACGCCCACCCCACCAGCCCUUUUCUCUGUGAUCACGUCCCCAUCACAGGCCAGUCCUUCCCAGGCUCCGCCCCCACAGGCCACACCCUCUAACCUGAUUACAUCUCCUUCCCAAGACUCUCCUCUUUUGGCCAACUCCACGCUGCAGGAUCCACUAGUUUCUUCCUCUCCUCCAGCCUCGCCCCCUCGUCAGGCUCCUCCCCCUGCCCUGGUCACGCCUACUCCGGGGGCCCCAUCUUCUCUGACCUUGCCCCCUUUACAGGCUGAUACCUGUCUCCCGACUCUGCCACCCUUACUGGCCUCACUGCCUCUGCAGGCCCCACCUCCUUUGGGCUUACCCCCACUGCAGACCACGCCUUCUUUCUUGCCUACACCUUUGCAAGCCCAGCCUUCUCUGACUUCGCCUCCUUUACAAAUCCCUUCUCUCUCAGCUACAUAUCCUAAGGCCCUUCCUUCUCCACCUGCCUCACCUCCUCUUCAGGCUUUUCUCUCUCCUCCUGCCUCACCUCCUCUGCAGGUACCUCUUUCUCUCUUAGCCUCGCCUAUUCGGACCCCGUUGGCUACGUCCCCUCCGCAGGCUCCGCUUUCUUUGGCCUCACCCCCUCGCUCUCCUCUGACCACGCCCCCUCCAGAGGCCCCGCCUUCUUUGGCCUCACCCCCUCUCUCUCCUCUGGCCACGCUCCAUCCAGAGGCCCUACCUUCUCUGGUCUCACUCCCUCACUCUCCCCUGACCAUACUCCCUCCAGAAGCCCCAUCUUUGGCUUCACUUCCUCAUUCUCCCCUGGCCUCGUCCCCUCCAGAGGUCCCAUCUUUGAUCUCUCACUCUCCUGUGGCCACACCACCUCCAGAGGCCUCAUCUUUGAUCUCACGGCCUCUCUCUCCCCUGGUCAUGCCCCCUCAAGAAGCUCCACCUAUUCUGGCCUUGCCCUCUCUGCAGGCUUCUCCUCAGAAGACAACAGUGCCCCCAGAGGAGGCCAGGCUUCUGGCUUCGCCCCCUCCACAGGCCCCGCCCUCUUCCGCGACCACGCCCCCUCCGCAGGUCCUGCCUCGCCUAGGCUCGCCCCUUGUUCAGCCUCCUUCCUCUCCCCCAGCGUCGCCCCCACUGCAGGCCCCAUGCCGACCCCCGACCCCAGGUCCAGAUGCCUCCAUCUCGGGUCCACGGCUGACCCUAGCGCUGGCCCCGGCCCCACCACCACCACCUUCUCGCAGCCCAUCCAGUACGCUGAGCGGCCCGGACUUGGCCGGCCACAGCAGCAGCGCCACCAGCACGCCAGAGGAGCUGCGUGGCUACGAUAGCGGGCCCGAGGGCGGCGCUGCAGCCUCCCCGCCCGCCGACGCGGAGCUCGCCGCCUGCCAUCCGGCGGCCUGGAGCCGAGGGCCUGCUCCGCCGCUGGCUGUCUGCGGCGCUCCAGGUGUUCCUCUGCCUUGGCCUCCUGCUGCCGGCCCGGGCUCAGGAGACGGCUUGUGCACCAUCUACGAGGCUGAAGGACCCGAGCCGGCGACCCCGACCCCAGGCUCACUGGAUCCGGGACCUGGGUCCUGCGCGGGGGAUGGGAAAGGGGCGAGUGGGGCGGGGCUCGGGGCGUCCUCGCGGAGCCCAAAGUCGGCGCGCCUGGGCGAGCUGCCGCUGGGAGCGCUGCAGGCUAGCGUCGUGCAGCACCUGUUGAGCCGGACGCUGCUACUCGCCGCGGCCGAGGGUGCGGCGGGAGCCAGCGGUGGGGGUCCAGUGGGUACAGGGGGUGGUGGCGUCUCCGGGGCCACCCGUACUCCGCUCAGCGACGCCGAACUGGGCCGCUGGGCCGAACUGCUGUCUCCCUUGGAUGAGUCGCGUGCCAGCAUCACAUCGGUCACCAGUUUCUCCCCAGACGAUGUGGCCUCUCCACAGGGUGACUGGACUGUGGUGGAGGUGGAGACUUUCCAUUGAGCCAGACGCCAUGCCCGCUCACCCUCCAUGCCCACACCUGGUUUAGGAUUCGCCCCUCCGUUACGCUUUUGUCUUAGGUACCCUUUCCCACUUUUAGGGUUCCCCCGCCCCCCUUUCCUUGGGUUGAUUUUUGAUUCCCUAGAGUCCUAUCUAGUCUUUGGACCCAAGUUUCACCCCUGCCUUUAGCUGAUCCUCGCGGACCCUCCGGCCAAGCCCCGCCCCUUAGCCAGGACCACACCCCUGCCCCCGCUGGAAUCCUUCCCUGCUCCCACCGGAAUCCCAAGUUCAGUACAUUGUAAACCCA